CACCUGCGCUUCCCCGGGGCCGCCGGGGCAGAGGGGGCCGGCGGUCAGGCCGGGGAUCGCAGCGCAGCCCAGGAUGUAUAAGGAUUAAAUGCCAAGUGCCAAAAUGAGCGUGACAUCGUGGUUCUUGGUGAGCAGCACUGGCAUUCGCCAUCGGCUCCCUCGGGAGAUGAUAUUUGUUGGCAGAGAUGACUGUGAACUGAUGCUCCAGUCCCGCAGUGUGGAUAAGCAGCACGCUGUAAUCAACUAUGACAAGGAGAAAGAUGAGCACUGGGUGAAGGAUCUUGGAAGCUUAAACGGCACGUUUGUCAAUGACGUGAGGAUUCCUGACCAGAAAUACAUCACCCUAAAACUGAAUGAUGUUAUUCGCUUCGGCUAUGAUUCGAACAUGUAUGUCCUGGAGCAAAUUCAACACAAAGUCCCAGAAGAAGCUUUAAAGCAUGAGAAGUACACCAGCCAACUUCAGAUGAAUUACAAAGGCACAGCAUUGAAGAGGGCAGAGCAGCCCAUGGAGCAAGGUGUCUACACUGAGUCCCCACAAGGGAAGCUGGAGAAAGGAGAGAGGAAAGCAAUUACAGAGACCAAUACUUACCGCACCCCUCUGUAUGGGCAGCCCUCCUGGUGGGGGGAAGAUGAUGCAAAUAACAAGGAGGACAGAAGGCAGGAGGAACAUUACUCAGAAAGAUCAAAGGACAUAACCCAACAUGAAGAGGAACUGAAUGGUAACAUAUCUGCUUAUAGAGAUGCCCAAGAACAGUCUGUCUUUGCCUUCCGGAGAGAGCCAAGUUACUUCGAGAUUCCAACUAAAGAGUUUCAGCAGCCAUCCAAAUCUCCAGAAACACAGGUCCACGAGAUCCCAACAAAGGAUGUUGAUGCUGUCGUAGCCCCUGUUGUACAAAGUCAUGCCUCUUUCACCAUUGAAUUUGAUGAUGGUACCCCUGGUAAAAUAAAGAUAAAAGACCACAUAACUAAAUUUUCACUCAGACAGAGAAGACCCUAUAGUAAGGAACCAGCUCAUACAGAAGUGAUGUCAGCAGAGAGCAAAGUGGCAGACUGGCUUGUACAGAAUGACCCAAGCUUGAUGAGAAGGCAGUCUCCAGUAGACGAUGUGUACAGUACAAAGAGUGACCUGCCAGUUCAUGUGAGAACACUUAAAGGUUCCUGGUCGUUGACUGAAUCGUGUUGUGUGCCUUCACACCCGUUCCCUUCUCCAAAAAAAGGCAAUAGGCACGAGGACGGGACGCAGAGUGACUCGGAAGACCCCGUGGCACCCAAGGCAGAGAAGGAGACGACGAGCAGCAGCGAACGUGCAACAGAGCAAACGAGGCUGCAGCGCCAGAUGAGGCGCGAUCCCCACGAGAUGCUGCACAACAAGCAAGCCUUCGUCAUCGAGUUCUUCGAGGACACGCCACGGAAGAAGCGGUCACAGUCCUUCACACACAGUGCUCACUCCUCCCAGAGUGACACUGAUCCCGGGCUGAAGACCAAGCUUGAGAAGCGCAAGAAUGCGGUGCCGGCAGAGAAGCUGGGAAAUGCGGUGCCAUCACCCCACCUCGGGACCCAGGCGGGCAAACCCAAUAACAGCUCUUCUGGCACCCAAAGAACUAGCUCCUUCAAGAGGGAGAAGACAGAGGAUCGGAUCAACUCUUCGUCCUCUUCUGCUUCCAGAACAUCAACCAAAACUUAUGGGAGUGUUGGGAGGAAGUCUAAAAUGGCUCAGGAUUUUAUGGCCGAGUACUUGAGAGAGACUGCUCAGUCUGGGAAGCCAAGCACUGAGAAACCGGCAGCUCUGCCCAUGCCGGUAGCUCCACGCGUGGUUGUAUCGUCAGAACCGGAGUCUACCUCUGCACCACCUCCUGAAGUGAAGACUGCCCAGGGCAGGAGGAAUGAUGAAGAAGACAGCGUAAGCGAGACGGGCACAUACACCAUCGAGACAGAGUCACAGGAUAAAGAGGUGGAGGAAGCGCGAAAAAUGAUAGAUCAGGUUUUUGGUGUUCUUGAGUCACCUGAAUUUUCCAGAAUCUCUUCAGCAUUUAGACCAAUAAUUAAAGGUGAAAAAGAUGACUCUGGUUCUCAUCAGCAUCUAAUCAGUGAAAAUGGCACUAGUCAGAAGUCACCCUUGCUCCAGGCAUUUGCCUCAAAAGCUGUGAGUGGGUCUCAGGCUGAUGCACAGAUGUCUGCUGCAUCUCAAGGGAGUCAGAAGUGGGUGUCUAGGUGGGCGAGCCUUGCAGACAGUUACUCUGAUGCUGGAUCUGUCCCUGGGCAGGGUGAUGGAGGUGCAGAAACCACUGUAGCCCCAAAACCUGGGGAACCAGAAAAUGCUGUGCCCUUGAGGACGAGACGCCUUCUUCCCCAGCUCCCACCAAGUGAUAAAUCAGACAGUCCCACACCCACAGUCCUGGUCUGCCAGGAGUCUUACUCGGAGGUUACCAAGAGAACUGUCCUGAAGGAUCACUGUGUGGAAGCCUAUGGUGAUCCCAGCAGCCGCCUCUUCAUCCAAGAAGACCUGGAUCCAGAUAGCCUCAGUGAUGCCAGUAGAUCUGAUGAUGGCUUCAGCAUGGAAAAAGGCAGGAAAUACAAAGAGAACAAUAAAAUGCUAGAGCAGAUGGGGGAAGACACAAAACUGGAGAGCCGGCAGCCGGGAGGCUCCCGGGUUUCAAAUGUGAGAGUUGUAAGUGAACCAGUUUCUGCUUCAUUCUACAUUGGUGAUGACAGCAAUGACAUGGGGAUUCCCUCCAAGCUCUCUCGGAGUGUGUCCCAUGCUCGAGCAGACAAAGAAAGCAAGGAUCAGGAGUUUUCCUUCAAGUCUGCUGGUACACCAGUCCCUGGAAAGCCACCUGUCAAAGAUGUUAGUGCUUACAUUAACGGGUCCGGAAAAGUGGUUAUUUCCCUUCAUCAGACUCUUCCUCAAGAUCAGGAAAAUGUGGCAGGAAAGGAAACAUCAUCUUUUGUUAGACAGGAAAGUUUUACCAAAGAUAAAUCAAGCAAUGGUGUUUCUCAAAACAAACUCCCGCAUAUUUCAAGCCACCCUCUGCUUAAAGAUUUAGAGACUGUUCGGUCAACCCGUAUGGACUUUGGUCAGGAGACUCAUCUUCUCCUUAAGGACACUGAAACUGCCUUAGCAGCACUGGAAGCCAAAUUACUUGGUCAAAGCCAACAGCUGGAGCCCUCAGAAACUGCUGGUCAGCUGGAGGACUCCUUGUCUGGAGACUCAGACGUGGACACUGCAAGCACAGUCAGCUUGGUGAGCGGUAAAAACGUCCCGACGGGCGCCCCAAAACGCAACGCAGUUGUGAGCUUGCAGAAGGAGAAGUCUUCCUCCACACCAUCCAUCCAGGACCAGUGUGGGCAGCCAAGCGCUCGGGACAGGCUGUCGGAGAAGCGGAAAACACAAGCACCAGAGGCGCCAAACCGCGCGGAGGCCACCAAACGCUUCCAGAUGAAGCGGAGUGCUGGGCCUCGAGGGUCACUCGACUUCACAGAUGAUGAGAGAAGCUCAAGCCUACCCUACUUGCCAGUUCCUGAAGCAGUCGUGUCUGACCACGAGCACUCAGUAAACCGGCCGGUUCCCAGAAGGAAACCUUCUACUCAGGCUCAGGCUGCCAAGGAGGACCCCAACAAAACCACCUCGAACGUGCAGAAGAUCCAGCAAGUUCUCACCCGCUCCAACAGUUUAUCCACCCCACGGCCCACGAGGGCCUCGAAACUACGUCGUGCCCGUCUGGGAGAUGCUUCGGACAAUGAGUGCAUCGAUACUGACAAAACAUCCUCCAACACCGACGCUGCUGCACAGGGGUCCAAGCAGUCCACGGAGACAAAGAAGCUCUCCCGGCUCGAUAUCCUCGCCAUGCCCAGAAAACGGGCAGGUUCGUUUACGGUGCCCAGCGACUCGGAGACGGCGCAGCCAAGGACAACGGGGUUUUCGGGCAGAAGCAUGGAUUCCUACCGCAAGCCAGGCGCUUCGGAAGCGAGAGCUGCGGCGAGGAAAACAGCAGCUGCUGCCUCUGCCAAGCAGCCUUUCAGCAGGACCCGUUCAAGCAGUGUCAAGUAUUCCUCCUCUUCCACAUCAAGGCGGAGAGCACAGGGUUCAGAUUACACUUCCACUUCGGAGGAGGAAUAUGGCUCAAAUCACAGCUCUCCUAAACACAAACGCUCCCAUACUUCAACAGCCACACAAACACCGAGGAUACGUGGCUCUGGGCUGAGCAAGCAGAAGCACAAUGGCAGAGAAACUGAUGAUGAUGAAGAUUUUGAUGACCACCCUGACCCCUUCAACUUCAUGGCACAAACAGCAGAGAUAGCAGAAAUAGCCAGGCUCAGCCAAACCUUGGUGAAGGAUGUGGCCAUCCUUGCUCGAGAGAUUCAUGAUGUUGCUGGAGAUGGAGACUCACACAGUUCAUCAGGGACAGGACCAGGCACCUCCCUCAGCUCUGUGCCCAACACUCCUGCUUCCACCAUAUCAGCAAGAGAAGAGAUUGCUCGUAGAUCUUUUCGGCUGGCAUAUCCAUCUCAGUUGGUGCAGCACAUUCCAGAAGCAAGUCUGAACUACCAGAAAGUGCCUCCGGGAUCAGUGGAACUGAAGGAUUUUGACCAAAAUAUGAACGAUAAUAGAGAAGAGGAUCCCUCAAGAAAAACAAGGACAAGAAACCGUGAGGAGGUUAUCUUUGACAAUCUGAUGUUGAAUCCAGUGUCCCAGUUAUCACAUGCAAUCCGUGAAAAUACAGAAAACCUAGCUGAAAAAAUGAAGAUUCUGUUUCAAAACUCAGAAAGCACCUGGGAGGAGAUGGAGGCCAAAAUUAACUUGGAAAAUGAAGUGCCAAUCCUGAAGACAUCAAACAAGGAAAUCAGUUCUAUCCUGAAGGAGCUCAGGAGAGUUCAAAAACAGCUUGAAGUCAUAAAUGCUAUCAUUGACCCUACUGGAAACUUGGAUAUAGUUGCCAGUAACAAAGCAUCUGCUGCUGCUAAACAAUCUACAGCCACUAAAGUCAGGACUGCUAACACAUCUGCAUCCACACUGGAGACUUUGUCCCCAGCACAGAUGAGAAACUACACACAGAAAUCGAACUGUGGGUCUUCUAGCUUACAAGAUUCAAAUUUCAUUCCAGAUGGAGAGAAAUACGUGAUCUGACCUGAUAUUUUGUAUUGCUAUCACACUGUAAUCUACUGUCGCAUUAGUGUUGUGUAUGAGUGGUUUGUGGACAGUUUGUGUUGGGCAGUUGUUUAGAUUGCUAACACGUUGCACAAAAAAAAUAAUAAAUCUAUGCUGUGAGGGUGAAUGGAAAGUCUAUGUAUGCCUUUUAAACAAGACUAGCACUGUGGAGCAGCACAUGUUCAGCAUAGAGGCAAACUGAUUCUUAGGAAGUUACUCACUCAUACUUCCCUCAUGCCAUAAGAGAACAGGCUCUGCAUAUGCUCUGUUCAGUACUGCCGAAGCUCAAGAGCUCUUGCAUUGGCCUGGUUAUAAUUAUUCAGUUUUAAUGAGGCGCAGUUUAAAGGAAAACACUUCUUCCGUACCAUAUUUGUUUUGGGUUUGUUUGAUUAUUUUUUUAAGUGUACAAGUGAAGCAUUACAAAUCUGUUGUAAUCAAUGUGCAAAUCCAACAGAAUGAUCAUGCAAUAACAUGAGUUUUUAGGAGAAACUCUGAUUACAGUGGUGUAUGAAGUCCUUUUCAGUGGCCAUAAAAAGGCAACCACAGUGAAGUUGUGCAUCCUUUUUUUCGGUACAAUACCCAAGACAAGAUAGAGUAAACCCUUCGUGUUUCUCUUGGGAGAGUGUAGAAGUUAAUAAUGGUAUGAAUGUAUAAAGACUACUGAUGCAGUUACUAUUUUUGAUGAUAUAUCAGGCCCAAAGCUUGAGGUAGGUACAAAAAGUCAGAUUUUACAGUUUAGCUUGCCAAAUUUUCAUUAUUUCAGUAAAAAUGCUGUUGUUAAGCCGCUUUUUUGUUAUUGGUUUUGUUUUGUUUUGUUUUUAAAUACACAGUCUUUUUACAGUGAGCUGCAAAUGCUCUUGUCUGGGCCAAAGAUUAUGAUGUUUGUGAGUAGCUAAUUGCUAAAAAAAAACAUCUGUUCCAGUGGCUCAUGUAAUAAACUUAAUGCCAGUAACUGAGAACCAGUGUUCAUUUGACAGCACUGAAAAAAUAAUGGCUUAGAUGUAGCUCCACCUUUACACCUAGUACUGUUAUUAAUUUUUUUUUCAAUGCAAAAGUACUUGAAGACCACCAUUCUGUGAUACUCUUCAGAAACUGGUAUUCUUCAACAGCUUCAAGCACUUGGUACAUUUGAGAUGUUUGUCUGAAUUUUACUUUCAAUAAGAUAGAAUAGAAACACUAAGAAUUAUGUGCAGUUGCACUAGAAACACUAAGGAUUAUGUGCAAUUGCACCGAGCAAUUUCUUGUUUAAGAAACAUUGUUUUUUUGUAUGCUGUCUUUCAGUUAAACUCCAAAACACUAAGCAAUUUUUUUUGCUUUAAGAACAAAAAUUCUGUUUUUAUGGGGACCUCUUCAAGAUGUGUUUGCUCCCAGUUUUUUCUGUCUUGUAUCGAUUCCUUUUUCAUUCUUCCUGGUCAAGAAACAGUAAACAAGGAAAGAAAUUCUUUUAUAGCUGUGGGGAUACAUGUACUGGGAAUGGUGAGCAGAUGAGUUCCACUUUGCCCUCAUGGUGUGUGUAGUUUAACCAGUGAAAAUGGUUUCCCAAGCUUGACUGCUUCUUGUGUGCUGACUUUGUUUUGGGAUAGGUAGUGGAUUCCUUAGUUAGCUUCAGUAGUUACCUGAGCUUUUCUGCUAGAAUGUUGUAACAGUGUAAACCUGUUAAAAUAAUUUAAAUAAACAGGGACACUCACAAAGUGUUUAAUCUUACUAGCCAAGAUUUCUUUCCUGGUAAAGCAGUGGGAGUUUUCUAUGAAUUUCAGCAGAAACAGGAUCAGUCCUGAAAUGGGAGUAUGCCAGCAGGCCAUUAGUUUGUUUUGAGUGUGCAAGAUGCUGACUGGUAAACAAUAGGUGCAAAAAUCCUUCCAAGGUUUCUGGUAGGUUGUAAGACUCAUCUGCUUGUGUGGAGAUGCUCUUCCAUGAAGAAAUCUGCUGCAUUUCACUUUGGUGAAUGCAGAAUGAAAAAAAAGAAUUUGCCCUCAAUGUUCUGCCUGUAAUAUAUGCACUAUCUGAAUGUGUUAAUUCAGUCGUUUAUUCUGAUCUGUGUUUUCUUGAAAUAUCUGACUGUAUUCUUGAUGAAUAUCAUAAGUGGUGGUAUCGUUCCUGAUAAAUGAGACACAACUUUUCAAGCCCUUUUUGGUUAGGGUUUGAACUGACCAGGUGCUACCCCAACUCACUAGGAGUUGAAGGACCUUCACACAUAAAGGUGUUGCUGUUAGUUUCAGUUUUGCUGUAGAAAUGUAUGAAUUACUCAGACACCUGACUUUCCUUAUUAUUUGAUAUCCCACAUUUCCGCAUCCUCGUGGCUAUACUCAAUUGGAGUUUAUUUCUCUACAAGCUGUUCUUGAUGGAACUUCUGUUUAUUUUCACUUGAAAAUUGUUUGAUUCUUCUUUCAUUCAUGAACACUUCAGGGAUGGAUUUUCUUCCUUGGUUGCUCUGUUCUCAGCUUGAGAGAGAGCCCACAGACACCUUACAAACCACAAAAUAUGGUACCUCUUCAAAUGACUAAUGAGGAUGUGACAAUUGGUGUCUGUGUAUAAUUUGGAAAUGUGUAUGUGAAGGGGAGGGAGGAUGCACAGCUCGAUUUGUUUUAUUUGUGACUCAGCCAAACCAUAACACACUUCUGUGUCCUGACACGACAUUCAUCCUUGGAUCUUUACAUUUAAAGCAGUUUUGCUAGUCAGUGGUGAAAUGCAAAGUAUUUUUUUUUCUUGUAUUCGCUGCUUCUGAAGUACACCCUGUUGCACUUGUCUGCUCCAGAUAAGCCAAAGAGCUGGUGGGAACUCCCUCGGUCACUGCUCAUUCUUACAAGCAGUACUGUAUGCAGCCAGGGAACCAUGUCCCUGUGUGACUCCACUGGGAACCCUAACAAAUGUGUAGUGGUCUAUCUGGGUGGCUCAGGAUCAGUGCAUAAGGUGCCUCUUGGUUUCCAUGUGCUACAGAUGGGCCUUGGGUUGAACUUGGUUGGAGUGACACUGACCUGUGGGUCCCUCUCAUCCUGUAUUGCUUUCAUGUGUAUCUGACUAAUGAAAUGUAAUGAGGGGUGGGAUUUUCAAAGUCUUGGGGAAGCAAGUGCUCAGGUCCUUCUGGGUUUCCAUAUGCUUUGGGUUCCUGAUGCCGUGAGUACCUUUCAAAAUCUCAGCCCUCAACUCUUCCACUAUACUUGAAAACCAUCUCAGUUCAAGGCUUUCAAAUGUAAAAACCUCUUACUCUGUUCUGAUGGCGUGAAUGUAAAUUCCUGUGAGAAUGUGUACAAGCUUUGUGAGGGAGGUCCUAAAUGUGUUUGCAGUGAUGUCUUCUUGUGGUCAUGCUCCAAGAGAAAAGAACGUCUGCAUCAUCUGUGAGUAUUUUAGUAAAGGUAUAACUAGUGGAAUGUUUACAUACAGCCUACUGAAAAUAGAGAGGGGAAAAAACAGAUUAAAAGUGUAAAGUAUUUAAGUGCAAGAUUCUACUAGUUUUUUCUUCUUUUGCAGAUCACACUAGCUAUUUUUGAAGUUCAGUAGGUGUGUAUAACUUUUACAAAGACCAGACAGAACUACCUGUUCACUUUUGAUGUGCCCCAUGCUGAAUUGUGCCUAUUUCACUCUCUGCUGUUGUUAUGCUGCUGAUUCUGCUGUUCUGAACUGUUCACUGGAUCAUUCCAUUUGCAUGCAACACAAAUGCAAGCUGAGCUGUCUGAGAGUAAAGCUGAAACACAUUUGUAUAACUUGAAUCGAUUAAUGACCUUCUCUUUUCCACACCCUCUUGAAAUGCUGUGUAUAAUUUUGAUUUGUUUCUCCUGCCCUGAUUUUUUUUUCCUGAUUUUUUUUUUUUUUGAAUGGUAAUUUAUUUUUGUUUGGAUUAUAGGCAAUAUCUGUACAUUUUGUUUCAAGUUGAUAUUGUGGACGUCUUUAAAAAAAUUGUUAUUUUAUAUAAUUUUAUCAUAAAGUUGCUCUAAUAAAUCUUUCUUUUAUCAUGUGA